CUUCGUGUUGGCGCGAACCGGACCUCUCGGUUCGCCCUUGCCCGAGCCAGCGGAUCAGCCCCUAAAGGAGCUGAUCCGCUGACCGGAGCAGCGUGGACAGGGAGGAGAAGAGGGCGUGGCGGGCGCUCCCGAGCGGUGGGAGCACAAGUGAAUGUCUGACUGGCUGACUGGCCACGGGCCUCGUGAAGCGAAGAGUGUAGACCUCGAGCGCCAUCGGAGCGGAGCGCAGAGGAACACGAAGUGAUGAAAGAAGUGUGUAGCGCGAGAGAUCUGUGGCCGCUGGCGUUUGCCUCGGGAUCAGGAAGAAGUUCAAACAUCAGUCGACGAUUCGAGAAAUGUCGAAUAAUGCGCGAUGGUGUGCUGGUGCCGAGAUGGAACUCAAUUCCUCGAAGGCUUGCGGUUGCUCUUCGGAUUCACCGGACAUGCCGCCAUGGAACGCGUCCUCUUUUGUGCGUUCGGAUGAGGUCUGCGAUGCCGUCGUCGUCGUCCCCCGACAACGACUAUCACUGGAUGGAUAAAUCUUCUGUGAGAGAUGGUCCCUCCGAUGAUGGUGGUGGUGGUGACGAUGACGAUGAGGGUCCUCGGUCUCGAGACUUGAGCGAAAUGUUGCGAGAGUCUGAUUAUCCCAAGGAGUUGCGAAGACGCCCCGGCGAAGGCCUCCCUCUUACUGAUAGCAACGCUCGAAGAUUAAUAAAAAUGAGGCAAGAAUGGGAGAGAAAACUGCGGAGGGACCAUGGUCCGAGAGUUGAAACUGAGAGGCGCUGGAUAAAGAGAACGCCCGAACAGAUGAAAGUCUUCCUGGAAGAUGGACGCUGGCAGCAUCGAUGGAAACAGAGACACAAUCGUCAUGUGGCUGCGGCAAUUGCCUUAGUGCGUCAAAUGGCAUCAGAACCUGUGGACCUCAUGAACAUGAGAAAGGCAAUGGUGCCCUUUAUCGGCCGACUUUCUUUUCGAGAAAUGUGCACUGUCCUGAAAGAGCUGAAGGAUUGGAAGGUGGCCCGCAGUUUUUUUGAGUGGAUGAAGCUUCAGAUGUGCUAUAAUCCUAGUGUGAUACCGUACACUAUCCUUUUCGGCAUCUAUACACAAGCUGGGAAGCUGGAUCUUGCAGAGAGAGCUAUGCUGGAGAUGCUGCAAGUCGGUUGUGAACCUGACGAAGUCAUGUUUAAUACUGUUAUUGAGGCCUACGCGAAGUUGAGCAUGUCCGACGAAAUGGUUGAAGUGUACAAAGCCAUGCGCCAGCGGGGUCUUGUCCCACCUACUGGGACUUUCGCUCGAAUGAUUUCUACCCUCAACCUUAAAGGCUCACUUACAGAUGCGGUUAUUCUCUGGGAGCACAUGCUGGAAGCUCAAGUUGAACCGGGCCCUUAUUGCUGUUCUCUGAUGAUUAAUGUAUAUAGGAAGCUAGGAAAGCUGAAAGAAGUUGUGAACGUAUUCGAGAGAUCGCAAAAGGAAGCCUACGUCGUUGAUGAGAUAUCCUACAAUAUGGCUAUUGACGCGAUGGGCAAGCUUGGUCAGUAUCAAGCGGCACGAAGUGUUUUCGAGUCUUUAGAGGAACAAGGCAUUGUUCUCAACAAGUAUUCGUACUCAACAAUGAUGAAUGUUUGCUGUAGAGCUGGGGACUAUCAUGGUGCUGCAAAUAUUUUUGCUAUGAUGAGGCAGAGAGGGUGUCCACCAGAUGAAGUUGUCUACGGUACAGUUCUUAACGCCUAUGGGAAAGUAGGGCUAUACGAUGAGGCAGAAGCUGUAUACAAAGAGAUGCAGGAAGUGGGAUUGAUUUCUGAUAUAAAGACGUACACAACCAUGGCAAAUGUGCUCGAAAAAGCAGGAAAGCACUCACGGGCAUUGGAGAUAUUCGAUGAAAUACGGAUUCAAUCUCUUCCAAUGACAAGAUAUGCCUGGAACACCUAUCUCCACUGCUGUGUGAAAGCUCAGAAUUUGCCUAAGGCUAUCGAGGUGUUUCAUCGCAUGCAGGAGGAAGGGGUUGCAGAUGUAGUGGCGUACAGUAAUAUGUUCGCGCUCUAUGGGAAUCUUCAUCUUGUCGAUAAAUUUGAAAGGUUGGUCGUACAAAUGCAUGAGAAUGAAGUCAAGCCCGACAUUGAGUGUUAUGGGACUCUUAUCAACAUCUACUGUAAGCUUGGAAGGUUGGAUGACGCGGAGGCAUACUUGGCUAAAAUGCUUGAAAAUGGCUUGUCACCUAACAAACAUAUAGAGACAAUGCUGAUGCAAGCCUACGCGAAAGCUGGUAGAGUUGAGGAUGUAGAAAGAUUAUAUAACGGAAUGGAGGAGGCCGAUGUUUAUGCUGCAAGUGCCAUGAUCGAAGCCUAUCAAAUUACCGACAAGAAAGUGGACGCAAUGGUCAUAGCAGGUCGACGGUUGGGUCCUGGAGGAAAUGAUGACAGGCAGAUGCACGAUAAUCUACUCUUGAAGUUCGCAAGAUCAGGCAAACUGAAAGAAGCGGAAUCACUCUACACUCAGAUGAUUGGAACGGACUGGAUCCCUUCUGAGGAGAUUCUGGUGUCAAUGCUCGCUCUCUAUGGACGUAAUGAUAAACUGGAGACGGCACUGGAUCUAUUCGAGCGUAACCGUGCGGACGGUGUGGCUCCGAGUAACGUUCUGUACAACACCGUCAUCGAUGCUUGUAUCAAGUGCAGAAGGCUAGAUCAUGCAUCCCGAUUGUUUGAGGAAAUGGAUAACCUGGGCGUUGGGUAUGAUCAUGUCACUUAUUCGUCCAUGAUUCACGCGUACACCAAGGAAGGAAAGCACCCGGAGGCAGAGGCCAUGGUGGCGAAAAUGUUAAGUGGAAGCUUGAAUUUGGAUAUAGUGGCUUAUAACACAAUCAUGAAAACCUUUCUGGAAUCAGGCAAUUUGAAGCAGGCAGUAGCGGUUUUUGACAAAAUAAGGGAAGCUGAUAUCAAGCCAAGUAUUCAUACCUAUUCCAUUGCUAUAAGGGUCUUCUCUGAAAUGGGUGAUUUGGAGAAAGCAGCUAUCUUGUUUGAUGAGUUGCAGGCCUCCGGAAUUGCCGUCGAUGAGAAGGCUUACAGCCAGAUGAUCCACUCGUAUGGAAAAGCAGGUCGCUUCCAGCAAGCAGCCCAUUUAUUCAAGAGACUCCAAGUCAUUGGAAUACGACCUCAUAAGGUGACUUGGAAUACCAUGCUUGAUGCUUUUGCGAGAUCUGGUCAAUUCGACGAAGCAAACAUGCUCUUUAAAGAGAUGAGUGAGCAGGGCCUUGUUCCUGAUGAAGCUACGUACUUGUCCUUGCUAAGCGCAUACGGAAACUCAAGGGAAAUGUGUAAAGAAGCAGAAAGUGUUUUGAACCAGAUGCGGAACGAAGGACUAUGUCCGAAUGUCCGACAUUAUACUGCAGUCAUAAGGUCUCUGGGGAGGGCCUCCAUGGUGGAUGAUGCGGCUCGAGUUUAUGCAGAUAUGGUGAAUCAGUAUGGAAUUAUGCCCGAUCCUACAUGCUAUCGUUGUAUAAUGAAAAUAUAUGCCAGAUAUUCUAGGUUCAAGCAGGGUGCAGCUCUGUUCGAUGAGAUUCGAACGUUGGGAAAAGCCGAUGGUUCUCUUUACAACAUAGCAGUGGAGUUGUACGGGAAAGCGCAGAGGACAAUUGAGGCCAAGAGCCUUGUGAAAGAAAUGGAGAAAUUAGGCUAUACUUAUGAUGGCAAGUUUUCAUUUGAAAGGAAAAAGAUACCAUUUCCCAGAAUUUGGAGAAAGGCCGACACCAUCAAGGAGCGUGUUAGUGAUUCCAAGAAAAGUGCCAAGCGCAAAUACAAAGCACAAGUGUGGAGGAAGGGGGAUCCGAUUUGAGUCUUCUUUUUCUACAAAGGGGGUCGAAACGGCAACUUUCAAACUUCAAACAGGACAUGCUAGUUAUGGUAUGUAAUAUUGCUGUCCAGCAGUCUCUUCACAGUCAAGACUUCGAUAGGUGCCGAAGGAAAUGAGGAGGUUGAUUGGAGACCUACGGGCAUGUGAAAGAAUACGCUUUGUCGUAUUUGGAGACGCUGCUUUAGACAAGGACCAAGUUAUUUUCCGGUAAGGCUGUCCAACAUAUGCUUCUAGUAUCAAUGCAAUACGAAGUGAAUAUGUCCAUCUACGGUAGAUACGGAAAUCUACCUGACGGAGAUGGCAGAUUGAUUCCUUCGAACUGGCGCAUUGGAUUUCAUUUGGAUGUUCAAAACAGUCUGCAAGGACCGGAUGCCUACAUUCACAACGUCGUAUAGAAUGUGUAGGAUCUAUGAUACCCUAAUUUGGCAUCAGUAAUUCACGUACAGAGCAGACUGCGUCGGAGAACAGCUCACGGUCAUGAGUUCGAUCUGGAAGAAUCCAAAAUACCAGUUUCAAACAAUCGUGUAGAUAUUCACUUCAUGUGCUCAACGUUUUCUCUGUUUUCUGUUCAACGAAACGUUUUCUAGAGCGCUUUACGUUUUACUUUGGCACGGUUGGCCUUUCUGUGCAUUUUGGGUCCUCCGUACACCUUACCAGUGCUUACUGGCCGAGUAAUUUCCUGUAUUGUUGGUGAAUACUUUCCAAUCAUGUUAAGAGAUUUCAAGAAGUUCACCUAGCAAUGUUGUUACUUAUCUGGGGAACUUGAUGUAUCCUUGACAAGCACAUCGAACAAGCUUUUGUCCUUAUCGCAGAUUUCACAAGUUUAUCACCACGUUUCAACCGAAGCCCAGGGAGAUUACGAAACGAGGGCAAAAAUCGGGAUACCGGUCAGAGCCUCAGAGGGAAGCCAA